AUGUCUCCCGGCUCAACAUCUUGGAGUACCGAACAGGCUUUCCUGGAAAAAUGUGACAGCCAAACCGCCGAUUGUUUCCAUCGAACGCAAUGGAAUGAGCUCUGUCGAAUUGCUUCGGGUCUUGUCGGCAACUUGGAGUGCGUGGCAUUAGACCAGGUUGCGAGCGGGCUCAACAAUAUUGUCCGUGUGCUGAAAUUUUCCGACGAGACUCGCUGGGCGGCCCGGGUUCAUAUUAUAAGGAGCAGCCCUCACGAUGUCAGCAACACCAAGCUCGGGAAUGAAGUUGCAACUAUGAAGUUCAUCAAGGAGCAUUCCGAGCUACCAGUGCCUCGAGUUUUUGCGUAUGAAGUUGACGAGAACAAUCCGGUGGGCACAGCUUUUAUACUGAUGGAGCUGCUGUCCGGCAGCGUUGCUAUGGACGCCCUAGGCGGUUACGAGGUCCAUCGCGGUGUGAUACCCAGACAGCACCGGCAAAACUUCUACCGUUCUGUCGCGAAGUGUCAUUUGACUUCUUUACGGCUGCCCAAAAUUGGAACGAUUGUUCAGAAUCGUGAGGGCGGGUUCGAAUGUGGUCCCUUGCCAGGAAUCGGUGGUCCAUUCGAUACAGCAACCGCAUUCUUCGAGGCAUGGGCCGACAGCGUCAAAUUUAAGUGGGAUAAAGCGACAAUCACACGCAUGAUGCAGAGAGGUCCGAUCUCGGCGGAACAGAUGAUUGCGACGAUCGAGAACUUUCCCUCCCAGAUUAAAGCGAUAGCUAGCCGGCUGUCAGUGUGCAAUGAAGGGCCAUUCCCUCUGGCCCAUGAUGAUUUUCUUCAUAGUAACAUCAUGGUGGAUGAGCAUAGCUUCGAUGUAACGGGAAUAAUUGAUUGGGAAGGCGCAUUUACAGUUCCCUGUGAGCUCAUUUCAUUCCCCGAUUUUCUUGCAGUCAUGCCUACCUCCUUUGACCUACCGGAGAAGUACGACCGGGAUGGGCAGCCGUUGAAUGAGAAACUACGAGAAAAGUGGCGCCAGCGAGGAGAGUAUAUCGAUAUGGUGAAAUCAGCUGAGCUUAAGGAUUGCCUGCUCUCAGCUUGCCUCAGCAGCAGGAGAAGCCAGGCUAUAGCAUAUUUGUAUGGGGCCUAUGCUGGUUUUGGGAAGCUGGGUUUCUAUGAUCGAGUUAUGGCAGAGUUAGAAAGGGAGGUAUAA